GAGAGAAGGGGGGAGUGAAGGAGAGAGAGAGAGAGAGAUAGAGAGAGAGACUUGCUCCUGCGCACAGCUCUCAGUGGAAGUUGAACUCGAAGCUAGUUCGGAAUAUUUUAUAUAUUUUCCCUUCAUUAAGCCUACUGUAAGAAACAGAAGAGCUCGUCCAGUCGAAGAUAACAGCCCAGCACACACAGCCUCUCAGAUUACUCGGAAAAUAUAACCUACUUUUUGUCUUCUGUCUGGGGGCCCGACGCAGCCAUGCCAUUUGGCUGUUUAAUUUUCGGAGAGAAGAAGGAUUAUAACAGUCCUGGUGAGGUCACUGACAAAUAUGACCUGGGGCAGAUGGUCAGAUCGGAGGAGUUUUGUGAGAUUUUUCGGGCGAAAGACAAGAACACACAGAAAAUGUACACCUGCAAGAAAUUCCUAAAGAAAGAUGGGAGGAAAGUGCGAAAGGCUGCAAAGAAUGAGAUUCUUAUCUUGAAAAUGGUGAAGCAUCAUAACAUCCUCCAGCUGGUCGAUGUCUUUGAGACAAGAAAAGAGUACUUCCUCUUCCUAGAACUAGCCACAGGAAGGGAGGUGUUUGACUGGAUCUUAGACCAGGGCUACUACUCAGAACGUGACACUAGUAAUGUUAUCAGACAAGUGCUCGAGGCUGUGGCUUAUCUUCACUCUCUCCGCAUUGUGCACAGGAACCUGAAGUUGGAAAACCUUGUUUAUUACAAUCGUCUGAAGCACUCUAAAAUCGUCAUAAGUGAUUUUCAUCUGGCCAAACUGGAGAAUGGACUCAUUAAAGAGCCUUGUGGAACUCCUGAAUACCUUGCUCCAGAGGUAGUCGGCAGACAGCGAUAUGGAAGACCAGUGGACUGCUGGGCCAUCGGAGUGGUCAUGUACAUCCUACUGUCAGGAAACCCUCCUUUUUAUGAUGAGGCAGAUGAUGAUGAUGACGACAGUCAUGACAAGAACAUGUUCCGGAAAAUUCUGUCAGGAGACUAUGAGUUUGACUCACCCUACUGGGAUGAUAUCUCAGAUUCUGCUAAAAGUCUAGUUGCAUCUUUAAUGGAAGUGGAUCAAGACCAAAGACUGACUGCACAGGAGGCAAUCAGCCAUGAGUGGAUAUCUGGGAAUGCUGCUUCCGACAAGAAUAUUAAAGAUGGUGUGUGUGCUCAGAUUGAGAAGAACUUUGCGAAAGCAAAAUGGAAGAAAGCAGUCCGUGUGACCACUUUAAUGAAGAGGCUCCGAGCUCCAGAUCAGAGUGACUCUGGAGCCUCGAGUCCAGCUCUAGGAGCAUCGGCAGGAUCAGUGACUCCGAGCAGCACACCAGUUGCCAUGGCUGCAACCCCUGAACCUCCCUGCAGCACCGUUGAGCUUCAGGAAAUAAGAGCAGGAGAGGCUCCAGCACGGUGUAAUGGAGAGAUUCCUGCUCCACUGCAGCUUAGUGCGGAGACCAGAGAAGAGCAGAAUGGCUAACAUGGAUGUACACAAAGGCAAACACACUCAUUUUAGAAUGGAAGACAUAUUGAAAAUCACUGGUCAAGUGAAGCUAACUUGUAGAGAGCCAUUUACUCAUAAUCAUUUCGUUUGCAUAUCCUUCCCUGUUUGUACGUUUUUGAAUUGUUCAUAUCUACUUACAAACUGUUUAGAGUAACAUAAAAUGACAAAGGGAUCAUAUUUAAAAUGGAGCAUUAGUUCAUGUUAGUUCAUGUCAAGUACAGUCUAAAAAUUUAGAGGAACAGUUUGUAAAUAAAAUAAAAUUAUAAGCAAAAUGCAAUUUUGCUUCCUGUUCAUAUUUAGAUGGAUGUAGGGACAAAGUAGCCUAAUAAAUGAACAAUUGAAAAACGAAUAAAUGAAACAUAGAAAAUGGAAAGGAAAAUGAUGCAGUUUACAUGCCUAACUGCAUAAGAUUUACCUAUCAUGAUGUUAGUAUGUUGCUGAAAAAUGGAAUUUCCCGUUACGACUUGUGUCUAACCUUAAGUUCUAAUUUUUCUUUGAAAGUGAAAAUCUGCUGUAUAUCUUUCCUGCCAGUGUCUGAGAAUAAAUCACCUUUUACUCUCUAGUGACUCAAAACACAAACAUAUAGCAUUCUUACUGAUGUGUCAAACGUAAAACAGCUAUAGAAAUAAUAACAGGGGUUACAGUGACGUGUGGUAAUGACUCUCAUUUAAUGAUUUGAUGUCUUUUAUGUGUAAACAUCCUUAAUACUGCACUGUUAAGUGUCAGUAUUCUCUGUUAUUUCUUGCUGUACAAAUGCCUUUUACUCUGUUCAUCUCAUGUUGAUGCCUUUGUCUGUCUUGGUGGCAUUUACGCUUAUUGGGCCUGAUUUCUCAGCGUGGAUUUGAAUGAAUUUAUUCAUAAAUCUUUCACAAGGGCACUUACACAAGAAAUUCAUUAUUCAUGAAACUCCAGUUAGUUCGUAAAAACACUCAUAUCCUAUGAGCGCUCCUGAGUUCAUGUAAAUUUGUGCCUAUAAGGAGACUUAGUAAUGUUACCCCAGAUUGUUCGGUUUCAAAUAAUAUUAUUAGCACAAAUUUUAAAUAUGGAUUACGCUUUCAAGUUUAAAUCGCUUUUUUUAUUUCAAUUGCACGCAGAAUUUUUAAUGACGAUUUUCUGAAACUCAGUCGUUUCAUAUUAAUGGCAAGAAAGAAAGCAAUCCAAAGCAAAUCCAAAAAUGAAGACAAAUAAAAUUAGCAAUUGAAUUAGGACAAAUGAAAUGACACCCUAUACUGUAAAAGGAGGAAGAGUUAGUGUAUGUCUACUGUAUGGUAGGCGACACACUGCGGUGGCUGAGCUGCAUUACUGGAAGAUUUAGCACUCACCACACUUAAGAGGCGCUCUUUCGCCGCACUUCGGAGGCGCUCUUUUGCCACUUGGUCAGCAUUUUGUCAUUUUCAGCUCUCUGUGCUUUGCCUUUUAUGGGGUUUUAAGGAAGUCACUAAAUGUAAAUCAGCUGUGCCAUGAACAUGCUUGGUAAUUUGGUGAUUGGCAUUUAUCAACAUACUCACAUGAGUACAGAGAAAAUCAGCAUUAUGAAAACUUGUAAAUCUGUCAAGAAUUAUUUAAACACAUUUACUAAAAGAUUAAUAAAUGACACCCAUUUCAUGUGCCAUAAAUUUACUGUAUGUCUAACUCUAAGCUUUCAAGUUGGCUAGUUGUCUCUCAGAAGAGAUGAUUGCUUAAUAAAAAAAAAAAUAUGUGCAUGUGUCUUUAUUGAUCUUGAUGUUUUGUAAUGAAUCUAUUCUGUGCACAUAAACCUUUGUCUUCACAUGUAUUUUAUAUUUUCUUAAUGAGGUUAAAAUGUCAAAUUCAAUCAAGCUUUUACUAUUUAUUGUUAAAAUCUAAGACAUUUUGCCAAAUAGAUAAAGCAUACCAUUGGACCUUUUAACAGUUUGCUGUCUAAGGAAAAAAUUUAAUACUAGUUCAGUAGUUUACAUCAUCUUUGACAUGAUUGGUGUUUUCAUUACCAUUUACAUUUGGAUCAAAUACACUACACAUUGACUUAAGACCUAGUUUGAUUGAAUUUGACUGUAAAUUAUGUUUGUUGUGUAGAUGUGGUAGAUAUAUGUACUGCAUUUCACAGAGAAAUGCAUAAUAUACCGAAUACAGUUGUCAUUGUGUAGUUAGUAAGAAAAACAAGUCCAUCAGUGGGUUGUUAAUGGAUUCUGUUUAAUGUGCAGUACAAACUGAGCAAUAUCUCUAUUGCUGUGAUACUGUGAAACUGCCAUACUGGUGAUGUGGAGGGCCACUUGCCAUAUUUCAUACAGAUUGUUGAGCAAUUUACAUCAUUGUUUCAUGCUCAGUGUUCUGUUUUAGUUAUACUUUAGGACAUUAUUGUACUUCGCAAUUAGUUCCUUUUCAUUUAACAAAACUUAGAUUUAUUUUUAACAACUGAUUACAUUGUUGUAGCCAUUUUAACAAGUCACUAAUUUCAUUUGGUAGUUUUUUUAAAUGAUUUGUUUAUGUAUUAGUUUAACAUAUUUAGUCUAUGCUGAGUCUAUUCUCUGUUAAUGUAUCAAUGCAGUAACUAACACACUUUCAACAGCAGACUCACCCUUAUAAGUAUCAUGUUUGUGUUUGAAUUGCAUCUCUAAUAAAGACAUUGCU